CGAGAGCAAACGAGGAUAGUCGGGGGGGGGGGGGGGGGGACGAGCCCGCCCAGGCAGGCAGACGGUGAAAUAGCGAGAGACGAUGCGAUGCCCUCACAUUGGAUUACUGUGCAGACACAUGCAGCACGUUGUCGUGGUCCGUGUUAAUGUCGUCACAUUAGUCUAUUUGCAGUUGCGAAACGAAAAUAUCGUUCCAAUCAGCGGGCCUAAAAAUAGGCACGAAGGCACAGUGAUAUUGGCCAGAUAUAUCAGCAGUCUGUGAAAUCAACUUUGACCUCCAAUAAUUCCUGGUCUGGCAAAACUGAAUACAGCGAGUUUUUAUUUUUAUUUUAACAAAUCGACCAGACAGUUUUACCCUCCGUCAAACGUCAUGAUUGGGAGGUGAUUGGCCUGCACAGUGCGUGGAAUUUGCCAGCAACAUCCCCAUGAUCUUGUGAGGUCUUAAAAAAAGACCGACUACGUCGUGAACAAAAACAGUUGCAAGUUGACUUUCUGCCCGGCUGUGAAAUGAAACUGAUCCGCGUGUCCACGUGUUUGUGCUAUUUGCAUCUCAUUUGAAUAUGCAACGUCGUCUCGCCUAUCGGCUGACGCUAGUUUCAGACGCAAACUCCAUUGGUCAGAUUCAGGUGUGGAAGCACAAAUCGGGAAACCCGGCCUCUUUGUACCCGCCCUGCCAGACACGUUGCCUUGGGAGAAGUAACACGGGCAGCCGAUUGCAGGUCCUCAUCACUGAAACCACGUCCCUCACAUCAGCAGCUCACUCCCGAAGUAUCCUGGAUUUACCACUGAACAAAGGAAAGUAGCCAGAGCCCCGCUCCAUCCGAGUAAGGUCAGUGAUGGUCAGGAUCUGUUAGAGCCAGCAGCAGAGGAUGUCUUCCUCCGAUUCAGACUACUCCAUUGAUUGGCUGGCCAGCGAUGAAGAGGACACUGAGAGCGAGAGGGGGGGUCUGGGCGCCGACUGCAUGAGGUGGGCCAGCGCGUCCUCCACCGGCUGCGGGGGCAAGAGCUGCCCCUCACCCCCCACGUCUGGGGAGAGCCAAGCCUCCUCCUGCAGCCACCAGCACCUCUGCGACGGAGGCAGCGAGGACGGCAGCACGCUUAGGGAGGAAGAGAAGCAGCAGCAGGAGGAGGAGGAUCAGAGGAGUUUGCUGGGGAUGAGUGACGGCUCCACCUGUAGCUCCCCCUCCAGCUGCACGGGCUCCUGCGACAGAGCCGAGGCGCGUCGGGAGCGCCUGGGGACGGGCACAGACAAGCCCUGGCACCCCUGGAGCGCGGAGGCCCCCAAAAAGAGACUGGCACACAAGAGGCCCCGCAGCUCUGGGGGCCCCGAGCAGAGAGAGGAGUGGCCCCUCGCUCCUCUCCAAACAGACAAGGACCGACUGUUCGCCAGCAAGUGCACGGAGCUGCAGAGCUACAUCCUCCCUCUGUCCGCGAUCUUGAAUGGCCUCCGAUCGGGACGAUAUCGAGAGCGCCUCAGCAGUUUCCAGGAGAGUGUGGCAAUGGAUCGCAUCCAGAGGAUAAUGGGUGUCCUGCAGAACCCGCACAUGGGUGAGCGCUACAUCAACAUCAUCCUGAAGGUGGAGGAGAUGCUGAAGAGUUGGUUCCCCCACGUGAAGCCCGCCGCGCCGCACUCUGACAAACCACCAGGGGGCGACACACAGUUCCCCUCCAAAAAACAGAAGUUAUCCCCAGCUGCUCUGGCUCGGCCCGUCGUCAUGGCGACCCCCGCGUCUGCCUGCGUCCACGCGUCCGCCGCCGCGGGGGCCAAGGGGGUGUUGCGCGCGAGGGACCUGACCCCGCCCGGGCCGUACUCGGCCACCACCCUGAAGUGGCUGCACACGUCUCCCAUCUGCUCCCCCGCGGCCGACCCGGCCCAGGGGGCGUCGUCGCUGCGGACGGCCCCGCCCGCCCCGCUCGGCCAGGACCUCACGCAGGACAACGCCGUCUCCUCUAGCACGGAUGCUGCCACCCCCAUUGCCGGCAACAACACCAAAGCCGGGGGAGCGCGCGGCGGCAAAACAGACUCGGGGCCCACGCUGACGCUAUGGCAACCGCCUCCUCCGCCUCCCUCCCUGGGUAGACCCCCCCUGGCCAAGAUCAACGCGCCCUGCCUGGAGAGACUGCUCAAGUCCACGGAGAGCAUCAUCACGCAGCGGGGUGCGGGCGCAGUGGCGGGCAGUGGCUGGUCCUAGUCCACAGCCCCGAGGUUCUGAGACACCCAGUACCAGAACCGGAACCGGAAUCAGAACUAGAUCCAGGCCAGCGCAGCACUGCCCCACCCCUCUCCACACAGACAGUCAGAGACACACACACACACACACACACACACACAACCCAGCCAC